AUGCAUGCCUCCAAGAUCGACUUCAAAUUAAGAGAGUGAAAGCAGCAGAAGAAAUUGGAAGAGAAUGCAGAGAUGAACAAUGCCCUCUUUUUGCGCAGGUUGGCUUUGAAAAGAAGAAAUUGGUUAAAUUCCCCUGCAUUAAUCGCCAAUGGAAUAUCGAGCACUUUAAAAAUAUAAAAUAAUUUUCUUUGUUAUUUUUCUUUAUAAAUAUAUACUGUUGAUGCAUACUGUUAAUGAAAAAGGCAUUCAUAUCUCACACUCAAUCACUUUUUCUGACCUCUCGUCCGCCAUACACCUCGCGCCGCCGCUGCAACUCCAUCCCAGGUCUUAAUUAUUAAGGUUAGAUACAAAAGAGGAGGAGUUAGGAGGAUAUAAGAAUUUAGAAUGAAAAGUGAAGAAUGACCGUGAGGCAAAUUGGUCAUAGUUGAAGACUACAAUGUCUUGGCCAUUUUUUUAGUUUCUUCUUAAAAUAUGCAACAUGAACAUGUACAAAUUUAGCUAGUGAUAAUCUAUCUAAUGGAAGGUCUGAUCAAAAAAUUCUCCAACAAUAGUGUUGACGCCCAGAUGAAGAAAACAGAGGGAGAGGAACAACAGGGGGACUUCCCAGAUGCCACAAUCAAGUACAUAAGCCAGAUGCUGAUGGAGGAAGAAGAGCUGGAGACUCAGCGUUGCAUGUUCAGAGACGCCAUGGCUCUCCACGCCACCGAGAAAUACUUCUCCGCUGUACUCGACGGCACUGUAGCCGAUAACAUGCGUCCGCCGCAGGACGGCUUCUCAUGGACCUGUGCUCUGACUAACUCUUUUUCUUCUUCUUCUUCUGAUGAACCUUGCUUUGGUUUGAGUCUUCCGGACGCCACCGGCGAAACUCUGAAGAAGAUCAGGCAGCACGCUACUCCUCAAGGCACUGGCAUGGAAAGGGUGGCCUUCCAUCUUGCAAAUGCACUUGACGCACGCUUGAACGGCAGGGGGACAUCAAUAUACACGUCUCCUCAGGGCAAUGUAUCAGCGGCGGACAUCUUGAGAGCUUUCCAGAUGUAUCUCACAGCAAGCCCUUUUAAGAUGGUCACAAGCAUGAUGGCCAACAGAUGUAUUGCCAAGCUUGUGGGUGGAGGAGCAACCAGGCUGCACAUCAUUGAUUUUGGAAUUUUUUAUGGUUUUCAAUGGCCAUCUCUGAUCCAAGCUCUCUCGACGAUGCCUGGUGGGCCCCCAAGACUUCGUAUUACUGGGAUAGACCUUCCCCAGCCCGGUUUCCGCCCUGCGGAGCGGGUCAAUGCCACCGGGCUUCGGCUCGAAAAGUAUUGCCAGAGAUUCAACGUCCCGUUUGAGUUCAACGCCAUAGCAAAGAAAUGGGACACUAUAGAGCUCGAAGAAUUACAGUUAGAUAGGGAGGAUGACGCGGUAAUUGUCAACUGCUUGGACCGGAUGGGAAACGUGCCUGACGAGACAGUGGUGCCGACCAGUCCGAGGGACAUUGUCCUCAAUCUCAUCAAGAACAUCAAUCCUGAUGUCCAUGGAGUUGUCAAUGGGGCCUACAACGCCCCAUACUUCAGCAUGCGACUCCGAGAGACACUCUUUCACUUCUCCUCACUGUUUGACAUACUUGAGGAGACCGUGCCACGCGAAGACAAUGACAGGUGUCUUUUUGAGGGAACGGUGCUAGCUAGAGAAAUGAUGAAUGUGAUAGCUUGUGAAGGAACAGAGAGAGUUGAAAGGCCAGAGACGUAUAGGCAAUGGCAGCUUAGAAGCAUUAGAGCUGGGCUCCAGCCACUGCCACUUGAUCAAGAGAUUGUCAAGGGUGUAAGGGAGAAAGUGAAAUCAGAGUACAACAAGAAUUUCACCAUGGAUGAAGAUGGGAACUGGUUGUUGCAAGGAUGGAAAGGGAAGGUGCUUCAUGCUGUCUCCUGUUGGAAGCCUAGUAACUAGCUAGAAUUUCUUUGUUUUAAUCCAAAUUCAUUUGUUCAAGUCAGUAAUAUGAUAGGGUCACAAGAAGGAAUUGCUAGCACUUAAUGAUAAUGUGGCUUUGUCUAUUGGCAUUCCACAUUAUUUUUUGGUAUUGUAUGUUGGCAUUACAUGUCCUAUUUUGGGAUAAAAACAUGAAGGUCCUCCUUGCUAUGUUUUAAUCCUAUUUCGUUCCUUUUCCCUAUGUAAAUUAAACUACAAACCUAAAA